UCUCGUUUGGACGCAUCUUCAGAUUUAGCAACAAAAACAAGCUUCGGGGAAAAUGCGCGUUUCUCCGCCGAACCGGACCUGAGCGGGACCCAUGGAGCAGCUCUACCCGGAGGAGAGUGCGCGGAGCCCGGCCUGUUCUCUCCAGAAUGUUCUGCGCUGGAUCUGAGACUCAAAGCUCAAACGUCGGAUCCUUAAAAACAUGUAGCUCCUCGAGUCGACGCCUCUUUGCUGAAAACAUGGCUCUCUCGUCCAAUCGCAGCCUGCCGAGCCCCGACGCCAACGCCGCCGUCCAAUCACGUUCGACGAGACGCAAAUAACAGCGGCCGACGUCGGCGCGACAGUGUUUCCCUCGAACCCGCCGUGAUCUUUGCACUUUCAAACAGCCUCAUUUUGAAAACACUAUUUAAACAUUUCACCUUUAAUUUAAGCCACUUUGACUGAAACCGGAAACAUUUCGAGAGAUUCUUCUUCUUCUUCUUGGCAGCCAUUUUGAAUUUCGACUGAAAACGUGCGAUUUAUUUUUUUAUUUUUAUUUUUUUGGGGGACAAUUUAAACGUCAAAUUCGACUGAGAAACGUGAAAGAAAAUCUGAUCUGAGCCACGUCCGAAGCAGCGUUAAAGAGACUCACUUUUUUAUCUUCUAGUUUUGUUUUUGUUCAUUUCCGGCGGCGACAAACACGUCGGACAUUUUGAGUUUGACAUUUGGUCCAAACACGUGGAGCUCGGAGGAAUGGGCCCCGAGGACGGCGCCGCGACGCUCUGACUCUUCUGGAGAUUCUUCGUUUUUGUAAAAUUCCUUUCAGUUUUUCGUUUUGGAGUUUUCGGGCGAGCGGCACGGCGAUGUGGGACACCGAGGACUGACCGCUCCAUCGUCGCUGAUUUAGACGUUUUAGACGAACAUAAAGUUUUCUGUGGUGCCAUGUUUGACCCCUGACCUUCUCGUCUGGAUCGUGUCUCGUGGAUUUCCCGGCGCUGUGAUUGGUUUUCCCGGCGCUGUGAUUGGUUUUCUCGGCGCUGUGAUUGGUUUUCUCGGCGCUGUGAUUGGUUUUCUCGACGCUGUGAUUGGUUUUCUCGACGGCGACUCUCGACCGAAGGCGCCAUGUUGGAGACUUGACUCUGUCCUGACCUCUGACCUCUCUGGAGUGACUUCCUGUUGUCUGGCCGCUCCAGUCUCUGAUUGGACAAUAUGAACGGCGCGUUGCUGACUCCGCCCAGCCCUCGGGCGGCCAACUCUUCGCCGCUGCCGCCGUCGCCGUCCCCCUCGCCCUCGCCCCCCCCCUCCCUCCUGCCCCUGAUACCCCGCCCCUCACCGCUGCCCACGCUGGUGACUCCGCCCCCCGCGCCGCACCUGUCCUCUCACCUGUCGUCUCACCUGUCGUCCCUGUCGGACACGCCCACGCCCUCGCCCUCGCCGUGCCUCAGCUGGACAGAGUUCUGUGAGCUUCACGCUCGCGUCGCCGCGGGAGACUUCGCUCGCCACUUUCGUGCGUUCCUGUUGGAGAAUCCGCACUACUCGCCCGACUCGGCCGCCGCCUUCUGCCGCCGCUUCACCGACCGCUUUGUGCGCCACUUUCAGAGCGAACUGCAGGGGGCGCCGCAGAGCAGCGCCGCCGCCGGGAGGGAGGAGACGCUGUGCUCGUGGGCUCCUCAGUCUGAUGGCACGUCUCUGGAGGAUGAAGAGGCCCUGUCUCCGGUCUCUGCUCCUCCUCGCGUCCUGACCAAACCGCCGUGUGUCUCCGCCUCCCGCCUGGAUGCGCCCGCCCACCCGCCGUCCUCCUCCUCCUCCUGCUCCUCCUCCGUGGGCGGGAACAACGGGCGCCGACCCGCGGGAAACGGCGCCGCGCCCGUCGAAGAACAGGAAGAACCGGAGGAGGAGAGCUGGACCGGGACGGCGUCGAUCGGAGAAGAAGACGAGAGAGGAGGAGCUGUCGAGCAGGGAGAGGGAGCAGACACGUCCCAGAACCACACCAGUUCUAAAGGGAACGGUUCCAAGAGGCUGAAGAAGCGUUUUUCUCUGAGGAACAUGAGCAGAAGUGUGAGAGGAAUCCUUCACUGGAGGAGCACGUCCACCGAGCUCCCACAGAGCUACAGCUACACCAUGGGGGUCCAGGACGGGGGUAAGCGUUCGCCAGGUGCGCCCCCGUCGAUGCCCGUGUCCCUGUCGAUGCCCCUGUCGCUGCCCCACUCGUCGUCCUCGUCCUCGUCUCUGUCCCAGGACCCGCCCAGCCGUCGCCGUAGUAACGGAGAGAACCCGCAGCACAAGGACAAGUGGACGCAGCGCCUGGACAAGCUGCGCCUGUCACGCUCGCCGCCGCCCGCCCUCAGCAUGGUGCCCGCCGCGCCCGUCGCCAACACGCCACCCACGUCCGCCUCGCUCCCGCCCGGCGCCGGCAGGAAGCCCGGCCGACUGGUGCGAGAGGGCGGAGUCACAGUCAGCGCGUCUCACGAUGACUUCGGGGGCGGGGCUUUCUCCGGCUUCUCCUUCGGUCUGCUCCACCACAGCGGCGACAGCAGCCCGGCGGCCAAUCACGCGCCGGCGCCGCUCCCGCCCGCCGGGGGCAGCGUGGCGUGGAGGGGCGGGCGCUGGCACAAGUGUCGCCUGGUACUGCGAGAACGAGAGCGCGACGGCGAGCGAGGGGAGGAGUACUACCUCGAGUUCUUCAUCCCACCAAAGGCGUCGAAGCCUCGUCUCAGCGCCCCCUGCUGUUCCAUCGUGGACGUGAGAAGCACCACGGCUCUGGAGAUGCCCGACAAAGAAAACACCUUCCUCCUGCAGUUGGACGGGUCGGCACAGUACAUGAUCGAGACUCGCGACGCCGUGCAGAUGAGGGCGUGGCUCAGCGACAUCAGGAACGCCAUGUGCCUCAGUGAACAGGACGAGUCUGAAGGAACCGGACCCCUGGACAUCAGCGGGACUCCUGAGAUCGUGGACCGACUUUCACAAGUUUGUUACGGCGGCAUCUCGGGCUCCUCCCCCCUCUUGGACCCACUUCCUCCUGAGCUCCCGCCCCGGGCUCCUCUCGACGAAUCAGACGGCAGGAUUCUGGGAGGGGGCGGGGCCAGUCUGGGCACGCCGUUUGCAGAGACGCCCGACGCCACAGGCUCCUUCCUGUUCUCUGACCCGCCCUCAUCUGACCCUGUGGAGCACCCGCUCAGUGAGUGCCAGUGGUUCCAUGGGACCCUGUCUCGGCUGAAGGCGGCGCAGCUGGUGCUCGCCGGGGGCCCGGCGUCUCACGGCGUGUUCCUCGUGCGACAAAGUGAAACGCGGCGAGGAGAGUACGUGCUCACCUUCAACUUCCAGGGAAAGGCCAAGCACCUGCGUCUGUCUCUGAACGAGGACGGGCAGUGCCGUGUGCAGCACCUCUGGUUUCAGUCCAUCUUCGACAUGUUGGAGCACUUCAGAGUCCACCCCAUCCCCCUGGAGUCCGGCGGGGCAUCUGACGUAACGCUCAUCAGCUUCGUGGGCGCCACUGCCGUCCGGCAGCCAGGCCGGGAUCGGGCCGGCAGUCGCGCCGCGGCCUGUGAUGUCAUCAACACGCGCCAUCCCGACUCCCCAUCAACCCCCAUCUCAGACUGUGUUUUUCAGGACGACACAGAUUCAGAUUCAGACGAGAUCAGCUGAACCCGACUCAAACAAAACCAAACUCUGAGUUUUAAAAUGUUUCCUGAUCCUCCUCAGACACAAAAACAAACCUGCACCUGUGUUCUGUUUCAUUCAACUUGAGGACUACCACUUCAUGACAUCACAAGGUGGAACAGAGCGUUUGGAGCUUUGGAGAUGUAACAGACUAACUCCGAAUUUACACCAGGAGCAUCAGCAGCACGAACGUCGACAGAGCUGAAACUCUAAACUCUGCGUAUUCUCUCGUUUAAACUCUAAACUCUGUGUAUUCUCACGUUUAAACUCUAAACUCUGCGUAUUCUCUCGUUUAAACUCUGUGUAUUCUCUCGUUUAAACUCUAAACUCUGCGUAUUCUCUCGUUUAAACUCUAAACUCUGUGUAUUCUCUCGUUUAAACUCUGCGUAUUCUCUCGUUUAAACUCUAAACUCUGUGUAUUCUCACGUUUAAGCUCUAAACUCUGUUUAUUCUCACGUUUAAACUCUAAACUCUGUUUAUUCUCACGUUUAAACUCUAAACUCUGUUUAUUCUCACGUUUAAACUCUAAACUCUGUGUAUUCUCACGUUUAAACUCUAAACUCUGUGUAUU